CCAGAGCUAAAAUAUUUAGACACACAUAAACACACUGAGAGGGGUCCGAGCGUGACUGUCAAAUCUACAUAUUCUCUCUCUCUCUCUCUCUCUCCCCCUAAAAUUCUCAGAAUUCACAAACGGGUCUGUUUUGUUCCGGAGAUUCGAUUCAAUCGCCGAUCCUUUUUCCCGCUGUUCCUCGGGAACUCCUCGUCUCUCUCCCUUUCAAUCUGUGUCCUCGCCCAGAAUAUAAUGUUCCAGAUUUUCAAGGAAUUUAUGCUUCAGCAACUUCAAGCUUUCGUAAAAUUUUCUGAGUAGAGGAGGAGGAAAUGGAGGGUGACACAUUUUCAGGACUGGGCAAUGGUACAACCCAAGUGGACGGCAAGAUCUUGCAGACAUUUCAGAAGAGCUUUGUUCAAGUCCAAAACAUCUUGGAUCAGAACAGGUUGCUAAUCAACGAGAUAAAUCAAAACCAUGAGUCUAAGAUCCCUGAUAACCUAAGCAGAAAUGUGGGUCUCAUCAGGGAGCUCAACAACAAUAUCAGGAGGGUGGUUGACCUCUAUGCUGAUCUCUCUACUUCUUUCACUAAAUCCAUGGACGCUUCUGAUGAAGGGGAUUCAAGUGGUGCUUUAAAAUCAGAUGGAAAAGCUGGCCAUAAGAGGAAUAGACCGGCAUAGACGGAAAACAAAAAAAAAAAAAAAAAAAAUUGUAAUCUUAAAAAUUGUUUUUGCAAUCGUGGAAGAAACAAACAAAUGGAAAAAAAAAAAUCCACAAAUUCUGUUGAGAUGUUAAAACAUGAUUAGAUUCUGUAACUCUUUCUAUUGUCAAUCAGUGAACUGUUUAGUGGUUCACUCACUUUUCUUACAUUUUCUUAGAAAAUAAUUGUACGGAAUCCCUAUUUUAUUGUAA